AUCGCCAUUGGGGAGGGACAGCACGGAGCGCUGUUCCUCUUCUUCCCCCAACCUCACUCCUCCGCACGAACAAGCCUCCAGGGUCCACUCAAAAAAAGAAAAAGAAAAAAGAACAAGCCUCCAGGGCUCCGUCCAGCGGGCGAAGCACGCCAACUCGAAGGAUUUCUCUCUCUAUAGUCGUCGCCAUCCACAUAACCCGCUCUACCGAACUUCCGAGGAGAGGAGAUCCACCUGGUCUGGUCGAUUUCUUCUGUUGCAUGGUCACGGUGGAGUUCUAACUGCAGUUGGUUUUCAAGUAAUUUGGGGGGUUCAACAGGUUCAACAGAACCCCAAACCCUACGUUAGAUCCGCCCCCCUGCCGAGCUCCGCUACGUUUAUGAUAUUGUGACGGCAUCGUAUAGUCCUUCGCUGCUUACUUGGCGCAUUGUUGAGGCUGAGACUUUUAAUGGGCCAGGUGGUUUCCGAUGCUGUUGUCCAAGAACAGGCAGCUGGCAAUGGCGGAAUCAUUAAGAAUGGGAGGGAAAUCCUAUUGCAGGCUUUUAACUGGGAGUCCCAUAAACACAAUUGGUGGAGUAAUUUAGAGGGCAGAGUUGCCGACAUUGCUAAAUCUGGGUUUACAUCAGUAUGGUUGCCUCCACCGACACAAUCGUUAUCUCCAGAAGGCUAUCUGCCACAGAACCUGUACAGCCUUGACUCUUGUUAUGGUUCUCUUCAGCAGCUAAAUUCGUUGAUUCAGAACAUGAAUGACCACAAUAUAAGGGCUAUGGCUGAUGUAGUUAUUAACCAUCGAGUUGGAACUACUAAAGGAUCAACUGGGAUGUAUAAUCGUUAUGAUGGUAUCCCAAUAUCAUGGGACGAACAUGCUGUUACAUCUUGUUCUGGUGGGAAGGGGAACAAAAGUACUGGUGAUAACUUUGAUGGGGUUCCCAACAUAGAUCAUACCCAGCCAUUUGUAAGGAAGGAUAUUAUUGAAUGGCUGAUCUGGCUUCGGGAAACCAUUGGUUUUCAAGAUUUCCGCUUUGAUUUCACAAAAGGUUAUGCUUCAAAGUUUGUGAAAGAAUACAUUGAGGAAUCAAAGCCUCUUUUUGCAGUGGGGGAAUACUGGGACAGCUGUGAAUAUGCCCCCUCUGACAACCGUCUGAGCUACAAUCAGGAUAAACAUAGGCAGAGAAUUAUCAAUUGGAUAGAUAGCACUGGAGGACUUUGCGCUGCGUUUGAUUUCACAACAAAGGGUAUUCUUCAGGUUAGAAAUGAUCAUGGUUCUACAGGAGUAAACGAGUCUUUGGUGAUUAGUUUGACCAGUUUGGUGUUGCUGGAGCAGGAGGCUGUGAAAGGAGAGUUGUGGCGUUUGCGCGACCCUGAAGAAAAGCCGCCUGGUGUGAUGGGGUGGUGGCCUUCAAGAUCAGUUACAUUUAUUGAAAAUCAUGACACAGGGUCAACUCAGGGCCAUUGGCCAUUUCCAUCUGAUCAUGUCAUGGAGGGAUAUGCUUAUAUACUUACGCACCCUGGAAUCCCCACAGUGUUCUACGAUCAUUUCUUUGAUUGGGGAGAUUCUUUCCACGAUGAAAUAGCAAAACUGAUGGAGAUUAGGAAAUCCCAAGACAUACAUAGUCGUUCAGCUGUCAAAAUUUUGGAGGCAAGCUCAAAUCUGUACUCGGCAAUAAUCGAUGAUAAGUUGUGCAUGAAGAUCGGAGAGGGCCCCUGGUGCCCAAGCGACCCAGAGUGGAAGCUGGCGGCAUGUGGAGACAGAUAUGCCGUGUGGCACAAGUAGGCAGCGACAAGCCGCAUCAGCGUGCCAUAUUUCUGCUGAAGAGAAGAUAUUAGCCUGGUAACUGAAGUACACCACACCAGAUUACCGCAGCAUACCUACACCUAUCUAUUAUGAAUAAUGAUAUGUGUGAGUGGAACCGGGUAUUCCUGAAGAGGCGCUAAUGCCGCGCUUCUCCUGCCCGUCUAGGUUCGAGUUCUGGGACAUACCUGACGGCCACCUUACUUUAUUCAAGUGCCAAACUUCGAAAAUAGAAUAAAUUGUUAUGAGUGCACCAUGUCACUGCAUUCAUUUGGCUAGCCAAUAAUAUAGGGCAUCAUCCUAUCUCUUUAUGUAUGAAAUGCAGAAUGUACAAUUAUAAUGUGACAACUACACACAGCUGCUUGAUUA